UUCAGAGGCCCGGGCACGCAAUGAUCCAGUUAUGAGGUUUCUCUGUUCUCCCGACUUUCAACAUCCAUUUCCAAACCAAUUAAAAGUUCAAAAGAUAAUCUGCUUCCUGUGCUACGGCUUCGUGUCGCACUGCUUGCCGCCCGCCCAGCCGCAGCCGCCCGCCCACACUGACCGGCCGACCACCGCGGCUACCUCCACUACCUCCACCACCACUGCCAGGACCACCACAACUACAGCAUCGACCACCACCAGCACAGGGACUACGGUGGAGGCUACUGAAUGACGUAGCAGUCUUUUUUGCAUGUCGCACCAAUGUGUUUGUGGGUGUAUAUUGGGUGAAAUACUUAAUGCAUUUAAUUUUUGAGAAACU